AUGAGAUUUCUUUCUACGGAUAUGAAGGAUAGAAAUAUGCUAUUUGCUGCUAUUCCAUCUAUUUAUGCAUCAAGUCCGAAGAAUAUCUCAAUCUAUAAUGAAGAAAUGAUAGUAGCUCGUUGUUUUAUAGGCUUUCUCAUAUUCAGUCGGAAAAUUUUAGGUAAGACUUUCAAAGAAACUCUCAACGGGAGAAUUGAGUCUAUUCAGGAAGAAUUGCAGCAAUUCUUCAAUCCUAACGAAGUAAUUCCGGAGGAAUCCAAUGAACAGCAACGAUUACUUAGGAUCAGGUUGCGAAUUUGCAGCACCGUAGUAGAAUCAUUACCAACGGCACGUUGUGCGCCUAAGUGCGAAAAGACAGUGCAAGCUUUGUUAUGCCGAAACCUAAAUGUAAAGUCAGCACCACUUCUAAAUGCCCCUUCUUCCCGCCGCAUCCGUCUUCAGGACGAUAUAGUCACAGGUUUUCACUUUUCAAUGAGCGAAAGAUUUGUAUCCGGGUCUACGUUCAAAGCUUCUACCAUAGACCUAAUUCGAGAAGGCUUGACAGUCCUAGGAAAGGUGAGGGUUGGGGUUCUAUUUAGGAAGAAUAAGAAGAAUCUCAUUCAUGUGUUCAUGCUAACAGAAGAGCGGAUCCCAUACACAUAA